GUUUCCUCUCUUCCCAGUGACUUCUGAUGAUCAGCAAACGACACUGUGCAGUGCUGAGAAGAUACUCCCAGGACAGAGCCGUGACUCAGUGAGAGCAGCAGACUCUGCGCUCAUCUGGGUGACUCUGGGCAGGAAUGAUGCUUCCGCGUAGGUGGUACCCUGCCCGCCCAGCUCAGGCUGCAAGUGAACAAAGGCACCUUCGUAAGGUAAAGAAGGAAGAGGAGGAGGAGGAUGGCGGCUAUAUUCCAGUGCAGACUGCCAGGCCACAGACACUUAACCGCCCUGGCCAGGAGCUGUUCCGCCAACUCUUCAGGCAGCUUCGCUACCACGAGUCUUCUGGGCCCCUAGAAACCCUGAGGCGACUUGAGGAGCUCUGCCGCUGGUGGAUGAGGCCAGAUGUUCUUUCCAAAGCCCAGAUGCUGGAGCUGCUGGUGCUGGAGCAGUUCCUGAGCAUCCUGCCGGGGGAGCUCCGCACGUGGGUGCAGCUCCACGGCCCUGAGAGCGGCUUGGAGGUUGUGGCCCUGCUGGAAGAGCUGCAGAGGGAUCUUGAUGGAGCACCACUGAUGGACCCAAGCCUUGCUCAGAAUCCAGAUGUGCAUUGGAUAGGCACCGGGGCUCUGCAGCCUGCACAGACAUGGUCCCCUGCUUCACGUCUCAAGAACAGCUCUGCUCUGGACGACCACGAGCAGCCUCCACAUGGACUAGAAGUUUGUGACGUCCUGGCUGAGCAAGCUGGCUCCCCCGCUGCCUCAGUGCCUGCCUGUUUCCAGACAGAAGAGGGCACAGGCUACCAGGAAGCUUUGACUUUCCACGAUGUGGAGGUGACCUUCUCUCAGGAAGAGUGGGGGUGUCUGGACUCGUCUCAGCGCAAUGUUUACCGGGAUGUCAUGCUGGAGAACUACAGGAAUGUCGCUUCUGUGGGGAGGUCACCUCCCAAACCUGCUCUCAUCUCCUGGCUGGAAGCAAGGAAGCCGUGGGGCGUGAAUGUCUGCACAGUCCGGCUUAAGAGGGACUCAGAUGCUACCCUGGAAGAAGGUGCACUCCAAAUUAAGCCAAGCAAGUUCAUCUUGAAACGGGACCCUUCAGAAUCCACAGAGACCUUUGCUGUGCCGUCAGUGUGUCUCAAGACAAGUGUUUCUGAGGGAACAGGGCUCAAAGAAUCUUUUGAACAGAAGCUCUGUGGAGGCCCUGUACAAGUGAGAGAGAUGAAGGAAGGAACCGACAUUAGUCACAGGCCAGGAGGAGAACCUGGGGUACUGGAGAGCAGUAAUGCUCUUGAUGUAAGACAUGUUAAGUAUGUGAGUGUGCCUAGGAAAAUGCUGGCCUUUAAACAUGGCCAUGACAGAAGCUUCAGAAAAAGAUCACACCAUUAUAACAAGACAUACGGGGAAGGGCUCAGAGACAUAGUUGAGGGGCUUGGUGUAUAUGAGAGUGCUGGACUGAAAGAGAGUGGAAAGGACACAUAUGGGAAGGCCUUCAGUCAGAGCUCCCAUCUUGACUGUCGUCAGAUGUAUUAUAGUCAGGAGAAACUGUUUAAAUGCAGAGUGUGUGAGAAAGCCUUCAGGUGGCGCUCAAACUGUGUGCGCCAUGAGAAAAUUCACACCGGAGUGAAGCCGUAUAAAUGUAGUUUUUGUCAGAAAGCUUUCCAGCGUCGGUCAGCCUACCGUCUGCACGAGAAAACCCACACUAAACAGAAAGUGGAAUCCAGGCAGUUCAGAGGAGGCUUCCCCUGCACGCCGGAUCGCAGCCAGUGCGGGACAGAGCAGGGCAAGGACUGCAGCCAGUGCGGGAAGGACUUCUGCUGUAAGUCCUACACUCGCGAACACCAAAGGCUUCACACGCAGGAGAAGCCUCACAGAUGCACCAGGUGUAAGAAAGCCUUUCGGUGGAAGUCAAACUUAUCUCGUCAUAAGAGAAUGCACCAUAAACAAGACUUCUGUAAACAAGAGAAAUAUCGAGAAGACUUAAAGCAGAAUCACAGUCAGUCUCAGGUUCUCUCUACUGUGGAGAAAACUUUUCCAUGUCAGAACUGUGGGAAAACUUUUACACAAAAGAAAUCACUCAUUGAGCACCAGAGGAUUCACACAGGGCAGAAACCAUACCAGUGUAGUGCUUGCGGGAAAGCAUUUACCUAUAGAUCUUCUUAUAUUCUGCAUAUGAAGCAUCAUGCUACGAAAAGAAAACCUGCAGGUGGCCUAAAAAGUCAAGACACAGCGUUUGACAUUCCGCAGAGCGGUCACGACACAGACGAGCUGAACAAAUGUAAAUACUGUAGCAGAACCUUCCGCAACCUGUCGUUCCUUCUCAUUCAUCAGAGAGUUCACACUAGGGAGAAGCCCUAUAAGUGCAGGGAGUGUGGGAAAGCCUUCCGAUGGAGUUCCAAUCUCUCUCGACAUGAGAGGGGACACUCUUUGUCCUGGCGGUACACAUAUCAUGAAAGGAAAGAGACUUCAAAUUUAGAGUCAAAAACCCUCAGUCGUCAGAAACCCUUUUGGUGUGGAGAAUGUGGGAAAUCCUUCACACGCAAAAGAAGUCUUUUAGACCAUGAGGGGGUACACACUGGAGAGAGACGCUUCAAGUGCAACUUGUGUGAAAAAUCUUUUGAUAGAAACUAUCGUCUUGUUAAUCACCAGAGGACGCAUGCUACAGAGAGAGCUUUUCAAUCUCAGUGGCACCACACAGAUUUUGUUGGGAUCCAUGCCCAUUCUGUUGACCAGAGAAGAAACAGCAGAACACUGCAGUCUGAAUGGAGCCUGCAUUCGGACAGGCCUGGCUUAUCUAACUCUCGCAAUUUAAGAUUAAAUAUUCAGGAAUUAAAACUAAGUGGAAAGCAGCCCCGUAGAGCAUGUGAGAAGCCUUCUGACAAGAGCCCCAGCUUCGUUGUGCACCAGAGUGCACCCGCUAAUGGACACUACCACAGAUGCAGCGUUUGUGGCAAAACAUUUAGCAAACAUUCACAGCUCAUUAGCCACAAAAGAUUUCACACUAGAGAGAGGCCCUUCAAAUGCAAAAUGUGUGGGAAGACCUUCAGGUGGUCUUCUAAUCUGGCUCGUCAUAUGAAGAACCAUGUUAGAGAUUAGCCUGGGGUCCCUGGUGACAGUGGGGGUGGGGGUGGUCCUGGUUACAUUUCUAGAGAACCUUAGUGGUAGGCACUGGGAAGAACUUUGCGAAGGCCCAGGCCUUUCUGGUUUGGGGCUUCUUGGUGUAGAAUUUUAACGAUUUAGAAACUCAGUGACUCCUCAGUCUACCUGCUGAACAGUGGUGCUGGACAAGAGCACUUCCCUGGAGUCC